AUGGCGAUAUCCAAUAUUGUUUCAGAAGUUGGAGUUUUUCUUCUUAGAAUUUAUGUUCUUGUCGUUUGGAAUAUAAUAAUAUUAUAUCAAAUCCUGCGUAGAAAAAGAGACUGUUGGAUUCGCAUAAAUGACCUGCGUGUAGUUCAUGAGAAUCAAGGCUUCUUAGUUAUAAAUAAACAUCCUGAGUUACUUAUAAACUGCACAACCCCAUGGAUUAACUGUCUAACUCUACAAAUGCAGUUGUUCUACAACCGUCCACACUAUGUUAACUGGAAACUGAAAAAUAUGUUUCAUUUUGUCCAUCGACUCGAUUGUCCAACAAGCGGUUUAAUAUGCAUCGCUUAUGAUACAAAAGUUGCAAGUAUGAUCAGGCGUGCAUUUGAGAAAAGAGAAGUCAAAAAGUAUUAUUUAGCUAUAGUUUGGGGUUUUGUUGGGUCAUUUUGUGACUCAGAUUUAUCAUCAUCAUUCGUCAAACAUGAAUCAAAGCUUGUACAUCAUAUCCAAAUGCCAAUUGGUUCAUUUCGAUAUAUUUGGCCAAACACUGGACGCAAACAAAAGAUAAUUGUUCCUAUUACACAUCCAGAAUGUCAUAGACCACGUGAAUCUUUAACAACAGUUAUUGUUUUGGACUAUGGCAAAUUAAUGGGUGAACCAGCCACACAUGUACUUCUUAUUCCUAAAACUGGUCGUCGUCAUCAAUUACGUGUACAUUGCGCAAUUGGUCUCGGUCAUCCAAUCGCUGGUGAUAUCACCUACGUUCGUCGUCCAUUCGAUCAUCCUAAUAUCGUUUACCUGAAUGACGUUUAUACAAUGCAUAAUGUUAACUUGGAUUAUAAAUUAAAACAUAUGAUGUUACAUGCAUAUACUAUGAAAAUAAAUUUACAAGUAAACGGUAAAGAGAGGAAUGAUAAUAUAUGUGCUAAAAAGCAUUCGUAUCAAUUACCUGAAGAGAAAGAAUAUCAAUUUCAAACAAAUAAUAAUCCAUUUUUCAAUCUAAAUGAUGCUUAUCUAUGGCAGAAAGAUGAAGAAAGCGAAAACAUGAUGAUGAUGACAACGGGGCAAAGGACGACACUCCAUACAUUGGAAGAAUAUAUACUGAACAAUGCUUAUUAGGAAAUUUAUGGUUCUAAAUGAGUUGUAAUGCAUGUGUAAAUGAACCUGUCAGUCUAUUAUUUUGAAUACAAAUGGGAUUUUUUCCGAG